ACUCAGGCAUCAAUAAAUGUUGUCUGUCAGAUUAGAGUAGCUACCAGAGUCAUUCAUAUAGGUGUAAACGUCCAGUAAAUGAAGUUAUGAAUUUUUAAAUGAAUUUGGAAAACAGAAAAAAAAAUCUAAAAAUCACCCGGUCCAGCAGAAUCAACAUGGAUAAAUGGGCCUAGCGCAAAGUGGUCAAUAUAUUUGCUCAAAAACUGAGGUGCUGUCAAUUAAGUUCUUUCAACUUAGCUCCUUUGUGGAACCAAUCAACAGCAAUAUGGCACAGGGGAAAAAAAACAUGUUUGGCUUUCAGCUUUUCUCACAAAAGUUCCUUAUAGUUACUCUUUCCUCUGUCAUUGCAAUCCCAUGAAGUACUGCACAUUUACCAGAUUUGUGUUGCUUGUGCUAUACAGUAAUUAGCAAGUAAAGAGUAAACGAUCUUAGUUGUGGUUUACAGGUUUUCACUAUUUCUAACUACUGACAUAAAUAUGGGCGGAGUUGAUUUGUAACUGUGAUGCAGAAUAUCUUGUGCUUUCUCAAUUUCUAGUACAUAGAAGCAUGUUCAGUAUUUUAAAAUUGUUCAUGGAAAAAUCUGUUAAGCUUUGUUGAUACCAGCUUUUUUUCAAGCUGAGUAUGUGAGGUAUGCUGUUAGUGGAGUUCAAAUUCAUACCUGCAAUCUGUUCCGAUUUCCAUAAAAAGGAAAAAAAUACGAUUAUAUGCCCCAGCAAAAAAGCGCUGUAUUUGCAGAAAAAGAGGAUGCUAUUUGCUAUGUCCAAAUGGCAGUUGUUACACAGGCAUAUAUGUGUGUACAUAUAAAUAGCUUCUCUUGCAUGGCUGCUUGUUUUGUUGUGGGCUCGUAAAAUGGGUGUUCCGAUUUCUGAUUUUUCAAUCUUGGCUGGUAUGUGAAUGAUGUUUGAGGGGAUUGCAUGAUGUUUAUUUUAUUGACACAUGUACAGUUUUCCCCAAUAAUUCAAUGAAGGUGUAAUUCCUGCUUUGAAAAUUUUGUCAGCUAAGAACUAGAAAAAAAAAUCCUUUCAUUCAUGUUGUAGGACUUCCGCAAGAGUUCUUCUGUGGACAGUGGUUUGUCAGUGACCACUCCGGCUGAUUUUGAUCGGUCUCCAAUCUCCCUGUUGCCUGGGGAUCAGCAAGAGGCCAGCACGGCUCCAACAAAGGAUGAAGGUACACCUGUCAAAGAUGAACUGCACAUGUGUUUAGACUUGAGAAGUCCACACAUUAGUGAACACUCAGGAGCGAUGGACUCCAAACAGCAGUUUCAGCCUGCAGUUCUUACAGGUGUAUCACAGGAGAGGAGGGAGGACUCUGAUGGGGGAGAAUUAGUGUGUGUGAAAACUGAACUAAGUAGCACUUUAUCAGUGGGUGAAAAAGCAGCACUGAGUGAAGUACAAGAAUCUGAUAGUCACACUGCAUCCAGUGACAGUGAAAUGACAGCCAGCAAAAAUACUUCUUUAGGCUUGGACUAUUCACUGUCAGCCUCACAGGGAUCGCUAGCCUCAAGUUUGCUUAGCACCCAAAGCUCGCUGCCUGACCUGCACAAAUCCUGCAUGAGCUUGCCAGACCUUGGCCGUUCACGGACAUCAUUGCCAGACAUGUCUGCCUCUGCUGCAGAGUUGCAGCUAAGCUCUGUGGCACGAAAACUUGACAUGAAGUCGGAUUUGUUCAGUACUCAGAGGAUAUCGGAGGAGCCUGCGAAUCAGAAGCAUUUGCUUGCAAGUGGGGAAACAGCAUCGCAAAGAAUUAGGCACCUCUCGGGGUGCAGUGUAAACAGUGGUUCCUCGCUAGACCAGAGUGAUGGUCAGUUAACUCAGAGGCAAAACUUCCCCGAGGAUCAGGGGUCAGGAAAUUUGUAUUCUUCCUUUGGACCGCCAUUAAAAAGGCCAUUGCUCGGCCAGUCGCCCGAAAGAAGCACUAAUAUAAAUCGUAUGCAACCUGCAGCAUCUGGGUAUAAUUCAAACCAGACGUCAGUAGUGCCAGCUAUUCAUGCUGAUGCAGGCAGUGCACCCCUGGACCACGUAGAGAGGAGGGACACCUCUCAGACUUACUUAAAGCCCUUGGAUGGUCCUAAUGCAGCUGAUUCAGAGUCCCCUGCAAGUGAUAUACAUAUGAGAGGGCCAGCCUGGGGCCAAUUGCCAAAUUCGGGGCAACAAACCGGUCCGGGAAGACCAUGUGGGCCUGUCCCCCCACCUACUGGGGCAGAAGGUCGACAAGUUGAAAAUUAUGACGAGGUACAACCAGGUGCAGGAUACAGACCGGCAGCGUUACUACCCAGUGAUGUCCAUAGAGGUCCACAUGGAGAAUCAGGACAGAUGGGUCCUGGUAGGCCUUUACUUCCUGGGCAGGCAGGAUCAUUUGGGGUUCCCCCAUCGCCAGUCAAGGCAGCACUGGGACAGGGCCAGGUUGGGCCUGGUGGCUCACCUCUCGCUCCAGGUACACCACCUGCUGGUCUAGUUUCACCAGUGCCAGGAACACCCCCAGCUGCAAAAAAAAGGGUGUCAUUGCAUGAAUAUCGCAAGCGUAAGGGCGGAGACUUGGGCAGUAACAAAUCUACCAAGAAGGAUUCUCCAUCUAGCGCACCUGCUACCCCUGUAACAUCAAAACCUUCCCUUGUGCCACUUAAGCCCCCUCUGCCAAGCCCCAUUUCAAACUCCAACCCCAACACUCCGACCAAGCCACUGGAAAGUCCUCUCAAGGCCAGCAGCAGCACCUCCUUGACCCCGACUGCCCAGUUGCCCAGCCUGCCCCUGUUCACAACAGACAAGGAGAACGGACUGGGGGAACGUCUGAGUCUUUCAACGGAGGCGCAGCAAGUGAUCUCAUCUCUGACCAGCCUCUUGAAGAAACACAAGAAAUCAGAUGAGGAUUCAACACAUGACUCUAAAUGGAGCUCCAGCCGGCUGGACAGCUCAGAUGAAGACCCCCUUCAGAAGAUGAGGAAAGAGCUGAAGGAGAAGAAUCGAGAGAGGGAACGCAAGGAGGCACUCGCUCACAAGAGACCGCUUUCCCCAGAGCCCCCUCCCCCUCCUCCCAGUAAGCGACCCAACCCAGGGCUGCACCUGCAGAUACCGCCACCUCCACCACCAAAGGCAAAGACAGACAACCGACCUGGUGAUGCAUCAGGAGAAACUACCCCAGUGAAAAUGCCCAACCCAGCUGGAAAUACCACACCAGUGAGAACUCCAGGGUCUGCAGGAAUUUACCCACAGCUUGGAAAUGCUUUCAAUGCUCAAGUAUCAUCUCCUUACAUCCCUGCUCCCGUGAAAGCACCUUUCCAGCAACCAUACCAUGCACAGCAAUAUGCACAGCAACAGCAGCAACCCCCACAGCAGCAGCAGCAGCAGCAGCCUCCCCAGCCCCCACAACCCCCUCAGCCCCAACACCAGUCAGCAUAUGCUGCCGCCUACUCAGUGUAUGAUUACAAUCACCAGAAGUCACACGGUGCUCAACAGCAGUUUCCACAAUACUACCAGGGACAGCAGGCACCUCCACUGCCACAGCAGGGACAGUACCAGCAGCAGCAGCCGCCGCCGCAGUCAAAGCAAGGGUACCAGCAUCCCUACCCACAAGGGCAGAAGCAGGGCUACAAGCCUGCUGCAGCUGCAGUGCAACCGCAGCAGUCACAACAACAGCAGUACACCAGAGCAGGCAGCAAGUAUGGAUCAAAUCCAAACAUUGGGACCAAAGGUGCAUUUGGUGCAGAUGGCCGGACUUCCAAACCUCCCUUCCCAACCAAUGCAAACAGUUACUCCCCCAGGAGAGGGACAUACUACAAGUGAUGUUUGAUUUCUCUGUGGGUUUAAAAUAGCUUACUCGCUUCCUCUUGACUAGGAAACAACACAUAAACUGGUAGACAGAAAGGUGGUAACCGACACAUAAUGCAUGCUGAAAAUGAAAAGUUAUUUGGACAGUUCAUAAUCAACCCUCUUUUGUCGUCUUAUUGGUAAAUUAUUGCAUCAUGAUUGUGUUUGUGUUUUGAUUGUGCCUCAUUUCAGCCUCUUUCGUUUUGUUGUAUUAACAUUGAUGAAUUGAUUUGAUUUUACUCAUUAUGUUUCUUUAGAAGUGAAUGGAUUUUUUUUCCCAUGAAGAUUUGAAAGGAAACCUCUUAGUAGUUAUACCUGUUAGCAUUCCUUUAAGGGUCAAAUUGGCUGUGUAAUCUACCAACUUUAGCUACAGGUGACAUUUUUUUUUCUCUUUCUUAUUUUUUGUUUUGUUUUGGGGUCACAUUUACAUAAAAGCCAAAUCUUUUAACCGUGCAUUAAGUGAAAUAUAGAACUUGAAACAUCAAAGCCAGUGAGACAGUUUGUCAACUAUUUAAUUCAACCGACCACAAAAAAGUAGACUCAGAGUAACCAAGACACAAAAACAAAUGUCAUGUUCCACAGAUCCAAAAACGGUUGAAUUGAAAAAUGUGAGUUUGAUUUGUUUUUCCCUGAUCACUGUCAGAUUAAUGCGGGCAUACCACACAUGUCGUCUUGUAUAUCAAGUGGUGAAAGCAUGAGUGGCUAUGAUUUGUCCAAACAUCCUGCGGUGCCGUAGGUUUAUUGUGUUAUUGUGUUGGUUGUUCAGUUUUUUUUUUUUUUUUAGUCCCUCUGAGCUCUUGGUAAUGGGGCAUCCCGACCAGCACAAAAAGAAUCAAUAACACACAAUGUUAUAAGAAAUUUGGUGACAAGAGAUUCAGUUAAGAGGAAUGGUGUUGGUAGAUAAAUAUGAUUUAAAAAGGAAUAUGCCUGUGUAGCCCUGUACAGUUAAAAAUGUGUUCAUGUAAAUCAUGAAGUGUUGUAAAUAGAAAAAUGCAUUCAGGUCAGAUCUUGGUUGUCUCUAUUUUUGUUAUUAUCGAUAAUGAUUCAUUAAUAAGUAAGGAGCAGAACUGAAUAAUCCAUAAAAGAGCUUUAACCAGUUUUUAUAUAAUAAAUCAGCCCUUGGAGUGCUCUUAAAUGGAAUUCCUUCUUAGCCACUUGUACAUGGUAGUGAUGCCCAUGUAUAUAUAUUUAAAAUUACAUGCUCAUGACAUUUUAAGUGCGAGUCAUGUAAUUCAGCCUGUACAUAUGACUAUGAUGUAAAGUGCUUAAUGUAGGUUGCAGAUGCUAUUAGAAGAUACAGUAGAAUUCUAGCUGUAGAUUUGCUCCCACGAAUUUAAUUUGGUUCUUUAUUUGUUCAUAAAUAAUUUGUGAAUAGAUCAUUUUUGUCUUGUUUGCUUUACUUUUGUACCGGAGUGAAAUACUCUUUUUAAUUUGUUACAUACAAAAAAUAUAUUUCUUGUGUAGGUUUUUUGGAAAUUUUUUGCAUUGAAUGUUGUACAGUUUAAAACAAGUUUGUAUAGUCAGAGGUCCAUUUGAUAAUCAGUACUGUAGUUUUGAUCCCAUGUUCUUGAAACUUUGUUUAGUCCUGUUCUGAAUGUUAACGACUCUUUGUUUUGAGAGUACAUGUAUAAUCGCUGUGUGUUGGCACCAGAUGCAUUGCAAGGUAUUCAGGAUAUUUCAUUCAGUGCAGUCACGUACAUGUACGUGUGUUGGUGUGCUUGCACAAUGGUGUUACAGCAUUGUGGAAACAUUACAGCAAACUUGGGCUCAAGACGAAAGUUUACUAGAGUCCAGCAAAUCAGUUCUCAUCUCCAUAGAGUAAAACUUUUGUUUCACCACUCACUAUUUCCUUGAGGUGAAAGUAAGUAGUAUCCAGCGUUUUCUCUUGCACUGCUUACACAGGUUUCAUUGUGUGAAUUCCAAUCGUGUAAUUUUACUGAAUUCAGCCAUCAUCCAGUCAUAAAAUGUUUGGUUCACGGCUGUAGUUGCAUGUGCAGUCAAAACUUGGAACACUCAAAUUUGACUUAAUGGAGUACCAAAGUGAAUACGCCCCACGCACAAUUAGUGUGUAAAAGGCAUGAGCGUGUGAACCAACGCGUGAACCAACACACGCACGUACUCCAUUCGUUUGCACUGAACUUUCUGGUUCACAGUGAUGUUACACUUCGGAACUCUAUACAGAUUAUUUUGCCCUUUCCCUCUUUCUAGGCGAGUGAUGGUAAAUGCCCUCUCUCUCUAGUCAUGUUAGUGAUGAGGAGCCAAGUACAAUUACAAAAAUAGAAAUAAAUAACAGCAUGUCUCUGAGUGUUGUACACUAAGUGGGUAUGCGUGGGGUUUAGAGCAAAUUCACAGAAAUCCCACAAUGCAUCUGGCGCUUUAUACUAACAGUGGAUAAGCAAUACAGGCUUGAUCAGGACCUAAAGAGUGAUUUCUUUAAUGCCUAGAUAAUGACAUACUAGGUAGGGGUGUGCACAAGGGAAAAUACAUUUUCAGUGGUCCUGUAAAUGUUCUUAAUGUAACAAGUAGCCGACAAGAUUAAGUCAUUCGAGACUGGCUGAAAACUUCGGACUUGUGAUUACUCCAAGUGAGCUGAAGUACUUGUGUACCAUAAAUGGAAAAAUCAAAUAGAACCUCAUGUUUUCUUGUCAUCUGGUGUUCUACCAUCUCAACGCAAUACACAAGACAAAUCUACGAAAUGAAUAGAAAAUUCCUUGUGAUGCUGUUUAGGCUUGAUCUCAAGCAGUUUGAAUCCAUUUCUUUACAGUGUUCACAUCUUUGGGUCCUGUAGGCCAAGGAUGAUGACCUCCAAAUACAAUAUGUUGCAGACGUUUUACGUUUGAGUAGUUUAUGUGUGUGUGCCAUCGCAAAGCAAUUUUUUCUCCACACAUUAUGGAGAGGUUUUUCUAUUUAUAAGUUGCCCCUUUCCCAAUCGAUUUCUUCCAUAAUGCAGUUUUAAGUAUUACAGCGUUGUCCUCUUCAAAUAAUGUACUAUCUUGACUCUUUACUUGGUCAUUACUUCUGCUCUGGAUUCACAUUUCUCUCUUAAAUCUAAUCAGAUCAACCCGAACCCCGUAGGUGUAUUUAAAGCUCAUAUUGAAAUCAAAGAAUUUGGGACUCUUAGGGCUAUAAAACAAUGUGUAACAAGCACAAACUAAGGGUGUUUUGUUACUUCAUGAAAUAUUUGAGGAAAACCCCCACCAGAAAGUUAUAUUUUGUUCUCAUCCUUACUGAAAUGUACUAAUAUAACCCGGUGUUUCUUAUGAUGUUGGCCAUUGACAAAAUCCAGGACGGGUUGUACGUGACUGCAGUGUUGUCUGCUCAUUUUCACUUACAUUUGCACUUGCUCAAUAUUUUAAGUUUCAUCUGGUAUUUACCCUCUCAUAUCAAAUUAUUAGUAUGAUACCCUGUGAACCAAUUUAACAUGUACAAAUUUCAUUUGAAUCAUGAAAUUAUGUGCAUAUUUCCUGGCACUGUGGGAGAUUUAAUCAUUGAUGUUUUGUGGUCAAAGUGGAGCGCACUGCAUGCAAAUGGGAGAUUUUGUCCACUUUCGUUCUUGUGACUAAAGUUUUUGUCAUUAGUGUCAGUAAAAUUUCUGUUUCAUUGACCACCAUUUUAGUUGGGAAUGCUUUGCCCGUCACCCUCCUUGAAAUGUAUCGUCAUCUGAAUUUAGUUUAGGAUUGAGUCAGAACUGAAACAAGUGGGCGAAACUUAUGUG